CCGUCAAUGGGGAAGAAAUAAGAGCCCGCUUAUAAAAACACUAGCCCAAACCUCCAUUUUGAGUCUAGGGUUUAUUUGCUCAUUGCAAUUAAGCUAGCAAGACAGAUUAGAGGAGAAGCAGCAGAGCUUGAGGGAGCACCAUGGGUCGUAUGCACAGCCGAGGCAAGGGUAUUUCUGCAUCUGCUCUGCCAUACAAGAGAACUCCACCUAGUUGGUUGAAGAUCUCUUCUCAAGAUAUGGAGGAUAACAUUUGCAAGUUUGCAAAGAAGGGUUUGACCCCAUCUCAAAUCGGUGUCAUUCUCCGAGAUUCUCAUGGGAUUGCUCAGGUGAAGAGUGUUACAGGCAGCAAGAUUUUGCGGAUACUGAAAGCCCAUGGUCUUGCUCCUGAAAUACCUGAGGAUUUGUACCACCUAAUUAAGAAAGCCGUUGCCAUAAGAAAGCAUCUCGAGAGGAACCGGAAAGACAAGGAUUCCAAGUUUAGGUUGAUCUUGGUCGAGAGCAGGAUCCACCGCCUCGCCCGUUAUUACAAGAAGACAAAGAAAUUACCGCCUGUGUGGAAAUACGAGUCAACCACUGCCAGCACCCUUGUGGCCUAGAAAAUUCGCAUUUUGAACUGUUCUCCGGGGUAGACCAGCAGGACUCAAACUUUUUGUUUUACAUCUUAUUAUUGCUGUUAAAGAAUUAGUUCACUUAUGGUUUGAAAUUGAGAUUCGUGCGUGUGAAAUUUAUGUUUAGUAGAUUGGAAUA